AUGGAAGCCAUAAGUAUAUAUAUUCAAGGCUACACUCAGCUCAGCCAAGUCAUUCUGAACCACAACUCCAUAUUUAUCUCCAUGACUCGACACGUCUUCACCGAGCAAGAGGUGCGACUCGCAGCAGAACGACGACUCAAAUACAUUGGUGCUGCUAAAGUCAGCAUCCGCCAGAUUCAAUUCGAACCUCCCUUAACACGAGACUUGGACCCUAAAAAUUUGGACCGGCUACGAAACCUUUUCCGUAAGAAUCGCUGUCGCCGUCUAGAUGUCCAAAACCAUGUUCCCGCGACCGUGUCUCGACGUGACCUCGCGGAUGCAUUGACCGUUCAAUAA